AUGCCGAAUAAAUCCCUGUUAGCAGCAUUCACCAAAAGCAUUCCCAAAGUCCCCCCUUCCACUCUAGUAAACCCUGAUGAACGAAUCGCCAAUCUCAUCUCCAAAUCCCUUCAAACUUGUCAAACUUCUCAGUUUCCUCCAGCUUCUCUGAACCCCAAAAUCAUAACCCUCGUCCUCUCAAACACACACCUUCCACCUCAAUCUUGCUUCAGUUUCUUCAAUUCCCUCCAACCCAACAGAUUGAAUCUUAUCGAACCAUACAUAUCACUUUCUUGUCGCCUUUACAAAUCUAAAGAUUUCGCACUAGCUAAGGAUAUCUUGAACCAAUUAGCCAUCAACAAUCAUAUCCAACAACCUAUUAAAAAAAUCACGUCUUUCGUGAACGAGAAUUGUAGUUAUGGAGUCAGUAAGGUUGUUCUCGGGAAGUUGUUUGAUACUUUGUUCCGUGUUUACUCCGACAAUGAGAAGUUUGAAGAGAGUUUGGAGGUUUUUGAUUACAUGAAAAGUAACGGGUUCAGUAAGAUAGAUGAUAGGUCCUGUAUGGUUUUUCUGCUUGCAGCGAAUAGGUGCAACAAGUUCGAUUUAUUGUCAGACUUCUUUAAUAAAAUGGUUGAUUCGGGAGUUGGGAUAACCGUUUAUUCUAUGACAAUGGCGAUCUCUGCAAUGUGUAAGCUUGGGAAGACUAUAAAGGCAAGAGAAUUGAUGGAGGAAAUGAUUACGAAAGGGGUUAAACCUAAUGCGAAUACAUAUAACGCUUUGAUCAAUGCCCAUUUAAAGAAAUCAGAAUUUAGGGAAGUAGAAACGACUCUUGAUUCAAUGAAAACGCAAGGAGUUUCUUUCUCCGUGGCAACUUAUACCCUUUUAAUAGAAUUUUACACCAUGUUGGACAACAUUCAGGAAGCAGAGAAGGUGUUUGAUGAAAUGCAUGAGAAGGGUAUAGUGGCUGAUGUUUAUGUUUACACUUCAAUGAUAAGUUGCAACUGUAAACUAGGGAAAAUGAAAAGGGCUUUCAAGUUGUUUGAUGAAUUGACAGAGAGAGGCCUUGUUCCAAGUAUCCACACUUAUGGGGUGUUGCUUAAUGGUAUAUGCAAAGCAGGGGAGAUGAAAGCUGCUGAAGUUUUAUUGAUUGAAAUGCAAAAUAAAGGUCUCGAUGUGAAUGAUGUUAUAAUCAACACAUUAAUGGAUGGGUACUGUAAAAAAGGAAAUGUGAAUGAUGCAAUUAAGUUGCAGAGUUUGAUGGAGAAGAAAGGGUUCAAACCUAGUGUCAUUUCCUACAAUAUAAUUGCUACAGGUUUGUGUAGAGUUAACAGAUAUGAAGAAGCAAAGACGAUGUUGUUUACAAUGACAGAAACAGGAAUCACUCCAAACAUGCUAACUUACACGACAUUGAUUGAUAUUUUCUGUAAGCAAGGGAAUUUCAUUGAAGCUAGAAGGACACUUAGAGAAAUGGAGAGCAAAGGGGAGAGACCAAAUGUUGUGACAUACAAUGCUUUUAUUAAUGGGUAUUCCAAGAAAGGGUUGAUGAAGGAAGCUUAUAGGGUAAGAAGUGAAAUGGAAGAGAAAGGUGUGAUGCCUGAUGUUUACACUUUCACUUGUUUAGUGCAUGGGGAAUGUUUGGCUGGGAGGGUGAAUAAUGCCAUGAAGCUGUUCGAUGAAAUGCCUCAGAGAGGUUUUACUCGAAAUGUCAUAAGUUAUACAGCCAUGAUUGAUGGGUUAUCAAAGGAAGGAAGAACAGAAGAAGCUUUUAAGUUGUAUGAUCAAAUGAAAAAUGAGGGUAUUUUGCCUGAUGACACCAUGUACUCUUCCCUAGUUGGGAGUCUUCACAGUGUUAAGGGUUAA